AUGUCCGACCAUUCACGUAAUAUGAACAUGUAUUUUGUUUCGAUUACUGUUUUACCUCGGAAAAUGGGUAUAGAUUUGCCAAAAUGUUUACUGAAGAUUGCAGAUAUUUUCUCUAACCCAUCGCAUGCAAUAAAUCCGGUGUAUGGUCUCAAAGUUUGCGGAGAGCCCAAACUGAUCUUUAUUGUCAGAGUGGCCGAUGUGGCUGCCAUUGAGCACUGUGUCGCAGAAGUGUUUUUGCAGGCAGCUGCCGAGGUGCUGUGUCAGCCGGUGAUCACAUAUGAAAGCUUUGCGCAGAGCAUCAAUGUGGCAGAAAGUCUCGCAGGACCUAGCGGUAAGCGUCUGGCCGAGGAUGGUCUGUUUUGGUUGGAGUUCCAUGUGGGAUACCAGGGAAAGACGACUGAUCAGCUCAUCAAAAUAUGGAAGAAGGAGGCCGAGGCUGUCUUUACAGCAAGACUUAAAGACGAGGUGUCAAUAGAACUGUAUAAAAGUGUGGCCCAGCGUAACGUUCACGCCUUCAUCAAUGCGCCCAGUCCCGAAUACUUGGACGCCUUGUCCCUCAAGCUACCCCUGAUGCUUCUGAAUGGAGCAAAUGUGCGUCUGAACUGUAAGGCCGUUCAGUUGUUGGAGAACUACAUCUCAUCUGUGGCUAGUAACUCGGUGUAG